GUAUACCAGGAUGGAGAUAUGGUGAUCAGUGCCUUCUUACCACUUUAUACCUACCGCACCUCUCUACACUCUAAAGGGCCAGAGAGAACGGACAUUUCUCCACGGAUCAGUCCUCACAAGUACCAAUUUGCAAUAGCCUUGAAUUUUGCCAUUGAGGAGAUCAACAGGAACCCCCUUCUUUUACCUAAUGUGUCUCUGGGAUAUGGUAUCUACACUGCCUGGCCACAUGAUCAAGCGACAUCUUUUAAUAUCAUCUUGUGGCUCACAGGGGAGGACAAACUCAUCCCAAACUACACCUGCAGAACAGAGGAAAAAUCUAUGGCUGCAAUCACAGGAACAACAUGGGACAUUUCUUCCCUAUUUGGCACAUUUCUGGGACUUUAUAAAUAUCCAUUGCUAACCUUUGGACCAUUUGAACCAAAGCUGAAUGACCCUGUGAAGUUUCCCUCUUUGUAUCAGAUGGGUAUCAAGGACUCUUCUCUGACCUUAGGUGUGGUCUCAUUAAUGGUUCAUUUCAGAUGGAACUGGGUGGGGCUGGUCAUCUCAGAAGAAGAUAAAGUUGUUCAGUUUCUCUCAGAAUUGAUACCAGAGAUGGAAAGAAACAGAGUCUGUGUAGCCUUCAAGGCAAUGGUCCCAAUAAACUAUUUGGUCCUCAUGAGAGACUCUGGUGUCUACUAUAGGCAGAUUGUGAUGAACUCAGCAAAAAUUAUUAUCAUAUAUGGUGACACGGACUCAUCUUUAUGCGUCCUCUUCAGUAGAUGGGAAUAUGUAUUUCCAUGGAGAAUCUGGGUCUCCACUUCACAAUGGGAAGCCGUUACUGCUAUGAGACUUUUCAUUCUUGACUCAUUCCAUGGGACUCUUAUCUUUUCACAACACCAUGGUGAGAUUUCUACUUUUAAAGAUUUUGUAAAAACAGUCACCCCUUCCAAAUACCCAGAAGACAUUUUCCUUGCAAGACUGUGGAAGAUUUAUUUUAAUUGUGCACUCUCUGACAUUUCCUGUAAAGUAGAAGAAAACUGCUCAUCUAGUGGAUCAUUGGAAUGGUUACCUUGGUACCACUAUGAUACUGCCAUGAGUGAUGGAAGUUACCAUGUAUAUAAUGCUGUGUAUGCUGUGGCCCACACCCUCCACAAAAUGCUUAUGAAACAAGUAAACAUGCAAGCAAAGAAAAAUGAAGGAAGAAUGGAAUUUCCCCCCUGGAAGAUGAACCCCAUUCUGAAGAACAUUAAAUUCACGAAUUCUGGUGGGGAUCCAGUAACCUUGAAUCCCUCAGAAAAAUUGAAUGCAGAUUAUGACAUCCUGAACUUCUGGAAUUUUCCACAAGGUCUUGGAUAUAAAGUGAAAAUAGGAACGUAUUCCUCAUAUUUGCCACCUGGUCAACAAUUGUCAUUGUUGGAAGACAGGAUAGAGUGGAGCACAGGAUACAGAGAGAUUCCAAUCUCUGUAUGCAGUGAAAGUUGUGGUCCUGGAUUUAGAAAAUCUCUUCAGGAAGGCAAGGCUGUCUGCUGUUUUGAUUGCAGCCUCUGCCCUACUAAUGAAAUUUCCAAUGGAACAGAUAUGGAUCAGUGUAUGAAGUGUCCAGAUGAUCAGUAUGCCAGCACAAAACAAACACACUGCCUCCAAAGAUCUGUGACAUUUCUGGCAUAUGAAAAUCCUUUGGGGAUAACACUGGCUAUCAUGGCCCUGUGCUUGUGUACACUCACAGGACUUGUCCUUGUGGUGUUUGUAAAGCACCAAAACACCCCUGUUGUGAAGGCCAAUAACAGGACUCUCAGUUACAUCCUGCUCAUCUCCCUCACCUUCUGUUUUCUCUGCUCCUUGCUCUUCAUUGGUCAACCCAACACAGCCACCUGCAUCCUACAACAGAUCACAUUUGGAGUUGUCUUCACAGUGGCUGUGUCUACUGUCUUGGCCAAAACCAUAACUGUGGUCCUGGCCUUCAAGAUCACUACACCAGGAAGAAUGAUGACAGGCUUGCUUAAAUCAGGGGCACCCAAAUGCACCAUUCCCAUCUGUACAAUUAUACAAAUUAUCAUCUGUGGAAUCUGGCUAGGAACAUCUCCUCCCUAUGUAGACACAGAUGCACACUCUGAACAUGGUCAGAUCAUCAUUUUGUGCAAUAAGGGCUCUGUCACAGCCUUCUACUGUGUCCUGGGAUACUUGUGGGCUCUGUCCAUAGGGAGUUUCACUGUAGCAUUUUUGGCCAGGAACCUGCCAGACACCUUCAAUGAAGCCAAAUAUCUGACAUUCAGCAUGCUGGUGUUCUGCAGUGUCUGGGUCACCUUCCUCCCUGUCUACCAUAGUACUAAAGGAAAUAUCAUGGUGGCUGUGGAGGUCUUCUCUAUCUUGGCCUCCAGUGCAGGACUCCUAUGCUGUAUUUUCAUCCCCAAGUGCUAUAUCAUUCUCAUGAGACCUGAUAAGAACUCAUUAAAAGUCAUGAGAGAUAGAGUUCACUGGAAAUAA